AUGAAGUUAUUCAGCGCCUUUUACGUUAUAAUCUUACCCUUUCUCUUCUUCUUUACAGUUCCUAUCGCAAUAUUCGCAUCCAUCACAACAACUUUCGCGUUCUGCCUCCUUUGCUUUCGAGUCGUUAUCGUAUACAUCGAACUAGCCCUUGCCGUUAUCCCAUACUAUCUUUGUCGACCCAAGACAGAAAUCAAAGUCAAACAAUCCAAAAGAGCAAUUUACAACCCUCCAACUUUACCCCUUCGACGUAAGAAUCGAAGAAGCAGUGCUAGCGGCAGUCAAUUGGCCACUGGUUCAAUUACACCAAUACCAGUACGCAUCUUGAAGGGUUCAGAAUCAAUGCUUGGGCUAGGUCAAAGCGUUGGAUUUGCCAGAGAUUAUGAGGGUGUAGGUGGAUGGCGUCUAGACACCAGCGGUUCGGAUGACGAUGCGUUGUGGACAAAUAUGAAUUCUAGACUAGAACUACCCGCAAAUUAUGGGAGGAGACAUCAUCAGAGAUCUUUGACGUCUAGUAGUCUGCCUUUAGAAGAGUGGAAAAUGCGUAGUCCAGAGACGACUAUGAAUACAUCAAAGACUAGGACUCCGCCUACAAUAGGAUCAGGGUUGGGAGGGGAGAGUUAUUUCCCAACAAUGACUCCGAGUCUGAAAGUCACGAAGAAACCAUCUUCCGGGUCUGCAUCUGGGUCAUCACCUGUCAGCUCGAAGGCUAGCUCCGUCGUGAAUAUGAAGCAGAGAUGA